AUGGCGCGUACCAUGGAGGUGGACAAGAUGUCAGGUGGCGACAAGAGCUCAGGCCAGCGGCAAGUGAAGGUCAGCGCCAGGACUUUAACGGAUCAGCACGUGCAGGUCAGGCCCAGGACGCCGCCCAAGUUGCAGCAGGUGCAGGUCGAGUGA